UUGAAGAGGCACGCAUUCGUUCGCGUGUCCGUUCUGCACGCAGUGUUGAAGUGGUCAGAAACCCGAGGAUGGGUGAGGGUCCAGCGGGAGCCGGCGGGUUCAGGGAUGUUGCGUGAGGCUGAGAACGGCUCGUUUGGAGACGGUCCACCAUGACAAUCCUGCUGCCGCCCUGGCACAAGAGCACAUGGGCAAUAGGAAAAGACAUGCUCCUGCUCCUGCUCUUCUUUCUUCCCAAUCUCCAGGUUUCAGCCUCAGUGCUUCAAAAUGCGAUAUCCAAGCGGACCAAAUAUUGGGAGAACUGCAACAAGACUCUUGCAGCGAGUUCACUCCCCAAAACUGGAAUCUACUGCAAUGGGACUUUUGAUAGGUUUGUGUGCUGGCCACAUUCCUCUCCUGGGAAUGUAUCUGUCCCCUGUCCCUCCUACUUACCAUGGAUCAACGAAGAAAGCUCUAGGAGAGUGCACAGAGAAUGUCUUGUGAACGGGAUGUGGCGACUACAAGAGAAUUCCUCCGAGGCCUGGAGGGAUGACUCCGAAUGUCAAGAGCAGCAUUACUUUAAAGCAGAGGAGGAUGAGAUACUGCGCCAGACUGCCCUGAGGAUCGUCUCAGUCAUCGGUUAUUCCCUGUCCCUCUCUGCCCUCAUGGCGGCCACCCUCCUCAUGGGUGUGCUCAGGAAGCUCCACUGCACCAGGAACUACAUCCACAUGAAUCUGUUUGUGUCCUUCAUCAUGAGAGCUGUGGCGGUCCUCAUCAAAGAAAUCCUGAUGCACAUCAUGUACUCCCACCGACCCAGAGAUGACCUCGGGUGGAACUCCUACAACAAUUCCACGGUUGCGCUGAUGUGCAAACUUUCCAAGCUGGUCAUGGAGUACUUUGUGGCCUGCAAUUACUUUUGGCUGUUGGUGGAAGCCAUUUUCCUUCACACCCUCCUCUUCACGGCGGUGCUGACCAAGAGAUGCUUUCUGAAGAGAUACAUGCUUUUAGCAUGGGGCACGCCAUUCUUGUUUGUGACACCAUGGACAGUUAUGAUGAUUUUAUAUGAAAAUAAAGGGUGCUGGUCCAUUGUGAAUAGAUGGUUCUGGUGGAUUAUAAAGGGGCCCAUUACUUUAUCCAUACUGGUUACUUUCUUUAUAUUCAUCAAGAUUCUGAUGCUGCUUUUCUCCAAGCUAAAGGCAGAUCAGCUGAAAUUUACAGAGUACAGAUACAGCUUGGCCAGAGCAACGCUGGUUCUGAUCCCCUUGCUAGGGAUCCAUGAGGUGGUGUUUAUAUUCAUGGUUGAUGAAUGUAUGGAGGGCCGCAAUCGCUACUUCAGGAACUUCUUCAAUCUCACCCUCAGCUCCUUCCAGGGAUUAGUGGUUGCUGUGUUGUACUGUUUUGCCAACGGAGAGGUCCAAGCAGCGCUGAAAAAACGCUGGCAGCUUUUCCUGUUCACCAACCGCUUCCAGGUCAAAUGUUGCUUUCAGGGGGCACCUCUGAAGCACCUGUGGAAGUGCAACCGAGGCCGCCACGCUCACGGCUCCCAGCAGAGUGAAUCAAACGAAGAAGGCAUUUCCACCAUACAUCCACACUUGCUUCAGGUGGCCGUGCAUGAGAGAGGCAGAGCGGGAGAUGUUAAAAGUCAGAGGUUAAAGGGCUGCGGACUAGACUUCCUAACCAGGAAGAGCCUGUCCAGCAGUGAUGGAGAUAUAACCCAAGGCGAGACCCUGGAAGAGAUCCUGGAGGAGAGCGAGUUCUGAUCCCUCCUCAAGUCCCACUAUACUUCAUCGACCAACUCAGACUGCCGCAUAGUAAAUAAUGGAAACUUUAUAAACUAUGAUAAACUUUGUACAGUCUAUUUCGGAUACAUUACACAAGGCUCGUCUUAUCAUUACCGAGGUUAUCGCACCUUGGUUGACUGCUUUGGGAUUGUGAGGUUAUUACAUACUCUCAUGUUGAUGGUACAGUGUUCACGUUCUGUAUUUUGAUUUGAAGUAAAUCUCAAACAGGACUUUAGUCGAUACAACGGGAACAGAAGGGAAAAGCAAAACUCUUAAUGUGUUUUGUGGUUGCAACUCCUGUUUACCAUGUUAACAUGAUAUGAUAUUACAGAGUCAGGCCAGUCAAGAAAGGAUCCAUUUAGUGCAACAUGUGGAUUGAGAGUAUAAAUACAAUGUGUUUGUUGUCUAAAACUAUGACUAUUAAAUAGACAAAGGAUGUCUGUGUUGCAAAUUGUACAAGGUUGUACGUAUAUCAGUGUUUCAUAUGAAGUGUAGGCUGUAUUAAGCUAUUUUGUUUUUACUUUCAAAAUCUAUCACAGGAACUUUGUAUAUACUGUCCUUCAUAUUGCACCCUCUGUGAUGUACUUAUGUGCACUUAAAAAAUGAUUUAAAAAAAACCCCGACUAAACAGCUGAGCUGCUCUAGCUGUAUAAGCAAGUACCAAGUGAGACAUGUUUAAAUAAAAGGUUGAAUCUUCAGUUUUGUUGGACCAUAUGUAUCUCAAUAAAAUGCA